AAGCUGCAUGGCAUUUCAAAAUGGCCCGCAAAGUUAAGAAUAUAAAUGAGUUGUUGAAUAAGAUCAAGAAUGAUGCCAUGGUUUAUGGACUUCAAGUUGUAACUAAAGAUAGAAUAAUGCCUCAAAUCGACUUGGAUCGGGUCACAGACUCGGUCCUCGACCACCCAGUUGUGGGUAGGGAAGCUGAUGUCUCUAAAAUUGUGAACUUGUUGAAUUGUUCCAAUGACCAACAAGUUCUUACCAUCGUGUCCAUAGUGGGGAUGGGCGGUCUGGGAAAGACAACCUUAGCUAAAUUGGUGUGUCAAGAAGUAAUGGAAAAAAAGUUUUUUGAUCUUAAAAUAUGGGUUUGUGUCUCUUAUAACUUUGAUGACCAAAGGAUUUUAGGGGAGAUGUUGCAAACUCUCAAUGCAAACAUGGGUGGGUUGACCAACAAAGAUGCAAUACUUCAGAAGCUCGAAAAGGAAUUAGAGGGAAAAAAUUUUCUACUUGUUCUUGAUGACGUGUGGAAUGAGGUAUCAGAGAGAUGCGAUGGUUUAAAGACUCGCUUAGUAAGAGUUAGUAGAAACACUGGAAAUGCUAUUGUUGUCACAACUCGUAGCGAGCAAGUGGCAUCCAUAAUGGAGACAUCUACUCAUUACAGGCAUACAUUGAAUUUGUUGUCUGAUGAUGAAUGUUGGUCCAUAAUGAAGGAAAGGGCAUUUGGAAAUGGAGAAGCAUCAAUACCUUUAGAUUUGGAGUGCAUUGGAAAGGAGAUUGCAAAAAAAUGUAGAGGAGUGCCAUUAGCCGCAAAAGUUUUAGGUGGAACGAUGGGGGGUUUCGGAAGGGAUAAGGAAGCAUGGUUGUCAAUUAUGAAUAGUAAUGUUUUGAAUUCAUCAGAUAACAAGGAUAAUGUUGAGUCUGUACUAAAGCUAAGUUUUGAUCAUUUGCCUCCAUUUUUGAAGCCAUGUUUUGCAUAUUGUUCAAUUUUCCCCAAAGAUUUUGGUAUUGCAAAGAAAGAAUUAGUUCAGCUUUGGAUGGCUGAAGGUUUUCUUGGGUCGUCUAGUCAAGAUGAGGGCAACAACUAUUUUAAUGCCUUGCUGUAGAAUUCCUUUUUCCAAGAUGUGGUAAGGGAUAUAUUUGAGAAUAUUUAUCGGUGCAAGAUGCAUGAUCUUGUGCAUGAUCUUGCAUUGUCUUUGACCAAGUCUGAAACGUUGACUUUGGAGAAUUGUACAACUGGUGAUGAUAUAUCUUCCACUCGUCGUUUAUAUGUAGAUUGUCAAAAUGCAACAACUUUGAUAGCAUUUUCAAAAAGGGAUGCUAAGAAGUUGCGUAGUUUAUUCAUAAAGGGAAUUGCCUUUGAUGGAUCUUGGAAGUUGAAAAGGUUGCGGACUCUAAACUUGGAAGAUGCUAAUAUUGAAGAGUUGCCAUCUUCAAUUGGUUGAAACAUUUAAGAUAUCUUAUUGUCUCAAGGACUAAAAUUGAAGUGUUGCCUGAAUCCAUCACUAAGCUCUACAAUUUGCAAACAUUGAAAUUCAGUUGGUGCAAUUCGCUUAAAGAGGUUCCUAGAAAUAAAAUGUGCAAUCUGAUCAGCUUGAGGCAUAUUGAAUUUUCUAAAGAUGACCAUAUGCCAUCUAUGGUGGGGCGUUUAACUUGUCUUGAAACACUCUCAUUUUUUGUUGUGGGUCCAGAUAAGGGAGGUAGCAUUGAAGAACUAAAAUGCUUAAACCAGCUAAGCGGGGAGUUGACACUAAAUCAUCUUGAGGAGGUGAGAGACAAAGAAGAAGCUAAGAAAUCAAAUCUGCAGAGGAAAACAAAAAUAAGAACCCUGCAAUUUGAAUGGAGUUAUGGACGAGAAGUACGGUGCAAUGAUGUGGAAGUGUUGGAAGGCCUUGAGCCUCACCCAAAUAUAGAGGGAAUAACGAUACAGAAUUAUUUGGGUGAAAAAUUCCCGCCAUGGCUGUUGAUGAUGAAAAUUCCAAGUGACGGAAAUUCUUCCAGAGUAUUCGAUAAUUUGGUGGAGCUUAUGUUGCGGAACUGUAAGUGGUGUGAACAACUCCCAAUGCUUGGACAUCUUCCUCGUCUUAAAGUACUUCGGAUAUCUGGAAUGGAUAAGAUCAGAAGUAUAGGAAAUGAAUUCUAUGGCAUUGGCGAUGGAAGCACGAGCAAUGGAGUGAGGCCCUUUCCAGCAUUGAAGGUUUUAGGUUUCCGUUAUUUGAAGAGCUUACUUGAAUGGAAGGCAGCGCCAGUAGAUGAGAGAGGUGAAACAGUUGUAUUUUCGUGCCUUGAAGAACUUACCAUCGAGGAAUGUCCCCUGUUGACAAAAAUUCCAUUAAGUGAUUGUUCAUCGCUUGUAAGACUAAGAAUCGAAGAUUGUGAAGAAAAAUUGGAAAUAUUUAGAUGCGAAGCGCUGACAUCAGUUCCCGAAUAUUUUAGCGAAUUUCAUUCUCUUAGGCGUUUGCGAAUAACAGAGUGCCAAAGUUUGAGUUAUUUUCCAAAGAAUAUAUUAGGCGGCCUCACUCGAUUAACAUUUUUACAAAUCGGUGGUUUCUCGGAGGAGUUGGAUUCUUUCCCUUAUCUGAAUUCAAUCCAAGAGCUCCCAUCCCUUGAAACCUUAUGGAUAUAUGGGGAUGCUAGAGGUAGAAUCAAGUCUCUGCCAGAUCAACUUCAAAGCCUCACUACCCUGAAGACAUUACGUAUAUUUCGUUUCAAUGGAAUGGAAGCUUUGCCAGAGUGGUUGGGCAACCUAUCAUCACUAAAAUACCUUAGCUUUUGGGAUUGUGACAAUUUGAAGUAUCUACCUACAGCUACAGCCAUGCGACGACUCUCCAAAUUAACGAAAAUUAGUAGUUGUGACUGUCCCUUUCUUAGGGCAAAUUGCGCCAAGGGGAGUGGCUCUGAGUGGUCCAAGAUUUCUCAUCUCCCGUACAUACAUAUAUAAGAGACUGGGUUGAGGAGAGUUUAGUAAUUGGAGGAAAAGUUGGAUUCAUUGUUGCUACCCUUAACCUCUGCUGAAAACAUCACAUUAAGGGAAACAGAACUCCACCCUUAAGCUCUUGAGCUUGUAAAAAGGGUGUUCUCUUCGUUCUUUAAAAAUAGCAGUGCGUCAAAAUUUGAGUUAUUUUCCAGAGAAGAUAUUCGGCAGGCUCACCUGAUUGAGGAAUUAAGAAUUGGUGAUUUCUCAGAGAAAUUGGAUUCUUUACCUUUUUUUUCUCCUCUUUGGGAGUAGACACUGAACAAGCUUUAUUUGUGAAUUCUCAGCUUGAAGCUUGUUUAUUUUGAACUGAAAGAAGAGAUGAAUUUUGUCAUUAUUCAGUCUAUGGUUUCCAUCACCUUAAGAUUACUCAGGUCCCAAAUAUCACAGAAGAAAAUGAGGAGAUGCAUUUAUAAUUAAUUAUUUUGGGAGGAAUAUGCAAAAUAUCAGUUCACUUACUUCCAUGGAAAUGGAAACUUUUGGAUUAUAAAUCAAUAAUCCAUCUCCUGCACUCACUGCAUUUUUCAUUGGUAUGUCUGACUUCCCUUAUUGAACCCAUAUGCUAUGGUUUUUCCAUUAUUUUAUGAUAUAUUUCCUUUAUGUAAUGAUUUGUACAAACUUCCACUUUCGAAACCUUUCACAUGAACAGGGGGCAUGGCUGUGAUAUGAGAAAAUGCAUGUAGCUUUCCUUGGCAUGUUUCCUUUAAAGUGUAGAUUCAAGAUUCUCUACAUUGUAUUGGAUGGAAAAGGGAAGAAGAUCAUGCUAAAUUAUGUGCACAUGCUGACUUGCAUGCAGAAGUUGCAGAGCCAUUUGCAAAUCUUGAGGCUUGUAAAUUUUGUGUUGAAGAUUCCCAUAUAUGUUCAAGGGAAACACCACAUUCUGGAAGGGUUCGAUCGUUUGCGAGUUUCUUCGUGGAAUUCAUGCACACGAAGAUACUGCAGACUUGUAUAAUUUGAUACUAUCCAAAUUCUUUACACUCAAUUAAACCAUCUCAAUUAUAAAUCACUUCAUGUUUAUUGUUGCAGCAUUAACUUUGCUAGCUGUUUUGGUGAUUUUCUUCACAAGGAAGCUUUGGAACUUCAAGGAAAGAUAAAUUGGUAGAUGGUCCUCCACUUUAUACUUCAUGAGAGAUUGCAAGAUGCAAGAUCAUCUCAGAUGUACAGCUGCAUUGUUUUUCUGCCAUUUUCUGCUUUCAUUUGAGCCAAUUGGGAGAAGACAAAAAAUUGUUCAGCUGACUAGAAAGCAUGUCUUUGGACUUUGGAGCCAUCAAUUUUGUCUCAAAUGAAAGACCCAAAAAGCUUUAGAGAUUGUUACUGUGGCCUUUUCGCUCCUUACGGGAUUAUGCCUGCUAAAUUUUGAGUUCAAGCUGUAAAGACUGAACAGAGCAGAGAAAGUUUACAUCACCAACUCAAACUUCGAGCUUCGUGUUGUUGCUUGUGCAAUUUGCGCUUUGAGGUCCCAAUUUGAUAAAAUACUUCUAUUAAAGAUUGACCAAAUGAACAAUUGAAAUUGCUUUGCAAUUAGAACCAUUAGAAGAUGCAACAGGACUUACCCAUUGUAGCACUCCUUGUUGCAGUUGUCCUAUUUCUUCUUAGAUAAGAGAAGGAUGUGAAAUAAUUCAAAUUUUUUCACUAUUUCAGGAUAAUCCUGAUUAUGAAAUUCUAGUAUGUACGUCUACAACCUACAUGUUGAAAUGAGUUGUGAAACAUAUAUUACAACCGAUUUUUUUU